AUGGCGAUGGCGUCUCCCAGCUCCCUCUAUGCGCCUUUGGAUUUGCGCGGAUGCCCCGUGCUCAUCACCGGGGCCACAGCAGGACUGCCUGCCGAAGGAAUCGGUCGUGCCACAGCCUGGCGGUAUGCAGAACUGGGCUGCAAGCUGGCGAUCUGCGGACGGCGCGGCGAGAUGCUGGAGGAGCUCAAGAAGCAACUGCUGGAGAAGUUUCCCGAGCUGCCUCCUCCGAUUGCGGUGGUCCUGGACGUCCAAGACUGCGAGAAGAUCGCAAAGCUCCCUGCGCAGCUGAAGGAGGCCGGCAUGCCUGAUGUGGAUAUCCUCGUGAACAACGCGGGCUUGGCCUUGGGGGUCGCCAGCGCCAUUGAGAACGAGCUUGAAAACAUCCAAACGAUGCUCGCCACGAACGUGCAGGCAGUGAUGUUCCUUGUGGCGACGUUUGGGCCGAAGAUGAAAGACCGAGGUCAAGGGCACAUCGUCAACAUCUCAUCCGUUGCAGGUCAUGAAGCCUAUGUCGGAGGCUCUGCCUACUGUGCCACGAAGCAUGCAGUGAAUGCGUUCACCAUCGCCACCCGCCAUGACUUGGCGGGCACACCUAUCAGGGUGACAGCGAUCAGCCCUGGAAUGGUUGAAACCGACUUCUCGAAGGUCCGGUUCAAGGGCGAUGAAUCCAAGGCCGCCAAGGUCUACGAGAACAUCCUACCCUUGCUUGCAGAGGAUGUGGCGGAUCAGAUCAUCUACGCGACCACCCGACCCAGGCAUGUGCAGAUUGCGGACAUCAUCUCUUACGCAACGAACCAGGCCAGUGAUGCCUUCACAAACAUGCGCACGACACAACACUGGCACUGGAGACCUACUUGA